AUGCCUCCCUCGGCACCAACUCCCCCUCUCACCUAUACAACAUCCCCCUCACUCCUCCCUUACAUCCUCCGCUUCCACCCAUACAUCCCACCAUCCUCCCCCUCCCCAUCCACCCCGGAAGUCCACCACACUCACCGCCUCUGCGUCGGCGCCGCAGUCCUCUCCACCCCCUCCCCGUCCUCCCCCCGCAAAAUCCUCCUCCUCCAACGCUCCGCCAAGGAAAAAGCCCUCCCCCACAGAUGGGAACUCCCCGGCGGCGCAGCAGAAUCCCUCGACCAAACCUCCCUCGCCGCCGCCGCCCGCGAGCUGUGGGAGGAGACGGGCCUGCGCGCCGCGCGGUUCGUGCACCUGGUGGGGUGUUACCAGUGGGAGGGUCUCGGGGGCGGGGAAGCGGCUGCGGCGGUCCCCGGUGACCAGGCUUGGGGGCUGUCGAGGGGCGGGGUCGGGAUUAUUGAUGUUGGGAGCCGUGGCGGCGACGGGGGGCAUUCCGAGAGCGCCGUCGUCGGUGCGGUUGUCGAGGAGCAAGGAAACUCGGCUGUGGGAAGUCAUCUCGGUACGGCGAAGGAUUCGCACAAGGUCUUCAAGGGUCGGGACGCGUGGCGCAAGUACACGUACCUCGUUGAGGUCGAGACCGUUACGGACGGGGGAGGCGCGGUGCAGGUCAACAUUGACCCCGAGGAGCACGAGAAUUUCGUCUGGGCUACAGAGGAAGAGGUGCGCGCGGACAGGUGUGGGGAUGUAGUGUUUGAGUGGACGUCGGAGCAUCAGAAGCUGGAUAUAUUGAGGGCUUUUGAGAUUGGGAGGGGGAAGAAGUAG